AUGCCUAUUACACAAACAGGACACCCCGGGCAGGACCACUCGCGUGACCCUUGUCCAUGGGUCAUCCUCAAUGAUUUUGGUGGUGCAUUUGCCAUGGGUUGUAUCGGUGGCACGAUCUGGCAUGGUAUCAAAGGAGCUCGCAACUCGCCCCGUGGUGAACGCAUGCUCAGUUCGGUGUCUGCUAUCAAGGCUCGUGCACCAGUUCUUGGUGGUAACUUUGGUGUAUGGGGUGGUUUGUUCACGACCUUCGACUGCUCUGUCAAGUCGGUUCGUCAGAAAGAAGAUCCUUGGAACGCAAUCAUCGCUGGUUUCUGCACUGGCUCUACCUUAGCUCUGCGCGGUGGUCCAAAGACUGCGUUUGGUGCUGGUGUCAUGUGUGGUAUUCUUCUUGGUGUCUUCGAAGGUGUCGGUGUGCUGAUGCAGCGUCUCCUAGCCGAAAACAACAAGCCUAUUGCGCCUAUUAUCCCUGACUCGCCGCUGGCUCCAGCUGGAGGCAAUGCCUCUGUACCCAAGUAA